GUAUGUCCUUUUAUUUACAUUUUUAUAAAUUUCACAUUAAAUGUACGUAUACGUUAAUUUUACGAAUUUCGUUCAGUGUUAUGCCAGUUACUUUGAAGAUCACUAAAUCAUUUAAAUAUACUAGAUUAUUUAAACAUUAUGUGAAAUAUUUAUCUACCUUCAACUUGGUCUGCUGUUAAAAAUGGACAGAACUGAACUCAAAUCAAAACAGAAAUGCAUUUCAGAGAACUGCAAAAACAUUGGAAUUCUUACCCGGACGCCAGCCAGCAAUGGAUUAUGGUUGACUCCCAUGCUGACUAUUUCGCUGGCUGUCAACGUUUGGUUCCGCAGAAAUCAGCAAACGGUGCAUCUUGACUAUAAGCGGACAACAAUUCUUUGUUUUGGACUAUUGGUUCAUUCGGCAGUUGUGUUCCUAUCACUGGCGCGAAGAACUCCACCGGGCUUCUUGAAUAAGAUUUCAACCAUUGUUUUGAGCAUAUUUUCUACUGGUUUCCUAUUUUGGGUCUGCUUGAAUGAGAAUAUUAUAUUUUCUUUUAUAAGUGCAUCUUUAGGCAUUAUCCUGUACAAUGGACUGCUGUUUCGGGUCUUAAAGCACUUGCCUAGAUCAUUUACAUUGGGAGAAGCAACUGUGGUAUGCCAAGGGACGGUGUUGUUCCUGUACAAUGCUUUCCUUCAACUACCGAGGAUUGUGAUACAUGACCAAAACCGAAUUAAAUUUGAUAGGAUUUUUAAUGUACUAGAGGUAAUCCUUCUGGGUGUACUACUCAUUGUAGUGUUACCUCACUUUUUCUACUUCUUCCGCAGAAGUUAUGUAUUUUGGUUUGUCGCCUUAACGAUAUCCAUUUGCUGCGCCUUGUUUCCUAUAUAUGGAGAGUCGAUUAUAAUUAUAUUGAUAAAAUUCAUGCUAUCAGAUACCCAGCGCUUAAUGAUUAUAGCUGUCUAUUGUGCGAUGUUAUGUUUAACCAGCGUUUUUGUGUGUUGGCAAAUAAAUAGAAAUAGCCAAACCAACACCGUGACAAGAAAAAUGUUCCAUAUCCUCAUGUUAAUGGUAUAUUUGCCUGGAUUGUGGUAUCAGUGUAAAUUGUUAUUCGUCGCAUCAAUAUUGAUGUUAUCACUACUGGUAGUGCUUGAGACUGCUCGGGUAAUCCAACUGAAACCCUUUCAUGAAGCGCUCAAUAGAACUAUCCAUUGUUUCAUUGAUGAUAAAGAUUGCGGAGUCGUUGCCCUAACGCAUAUCUACUUACUAGUGGGUUGUUCCAUUCCACUCUGGCUCCACCCAGACCCGUGUGAUAUCACGGACUCUGCGGGUAUCAAUCUAUUGAAACUUUCAAGCGGACUUUUAUCCGUCGGGAUUGGUGACACUAUGGCCAGCUUCAUUGGUUACUAUUUCGGUAAACAUCCCUGGCCUGGUACGAAGAAAUCUGUCGAGGGCACUUUGGCCAGUGUGAUUUCGCAGUUUGCAGCAGUCUACGCUCUGUACUGGCUGAACUACCUCAAUCUUAACACUCUGAAGUCAGCAACCGUUGGCUGUGCCAUUAUCAUUAACGCUCUAGUCGAAGCUAAAACCAACCAAGUGGACAAUCUGGUGCUGCCCAUUGUGACGUAUAUUAUUUUGGCUACAGUUUGAUUCAGUAAUGAGAAUAGAAUAAAUGUAAAAAGCACAUAGCUCUAACAAUGCGUUUCAGAAUGAUGAAAUUAUCACUUUCUCUAAUUAUUUUUUUUCCUACCACUCAUCAAUUCUGGCUGAACUAUUACUUCGUGCAGUUAUUAAUGAUCAAUAACCACUAAUCGUACUUCCACAGCCAGAACUUAUGUCUGAGUCCCAAAGAAUGAUAAAGAUGUGUAAUUAUUCUUGCCUAAACAUAAAAUCAUUAAAAUGACCAAAAACAUGAAAUGGUUGGGCCUACCACUACCAUGGAGCAGAGAACGCAGAAACAGAAGAAACGUGGACCACCAGUACCAUCCGUUUCAAAUGGGCAAUAUCAUUGGAAGCAUGUUAAGAAAAAUGCUUCUUGAUGAAAAAAACCAAGCGUUAUGUAAAGUAACUUCGCCAAUCUUUUGGACCAUUUUUCAGAGGCUGGAAAUGUACAACGGAAUCACAAAACCUUGGAAUAGAAGCGUUUUGAAGAAUUUAAUGUAACAAAUAAAAAUAUUUUAAAAUGA